GAUGAUGGAUGGAUAGUUGCUGUACAGUCUCUCUUUCGCCCUGAACACACAAAGCCCUCUCUCUCAAGAUGAUAAUGGCGGCGCGGAGGAUUUUCACAAGUAAUGGGAGAUUCUACCACUUUCAACUGCAAACGGAAAUGGGUAUCAUUCAAUCUCCAUCAUUGUUAUUUACCAAUUACUUCCAUUUUUCCACUUCUACUUCCACUCAUAAACCUAAAGAUGCAAAAUCUCAACGUUUCUUGAGAUCUAAGUUCAAUUCUUCUUCUUUUAGGGACGUUGAUGAUGCCGUAGCUUCCUUUAAUCUUAUCAUUCUUAUGCGUCCUCUGCCUUCAAUUGUUCAAUUUUGUCGAUUUUUAUCUGCUCUUGUGGGAAUGAAACAAUAUCACAUGGUUAUUUCUUUGUCCAGAACAAUUGAGUCUCUAGGAAUCUCACACAAUGUUUAUUCUCUUUCUAUAUUGAUUAACUGUUUCUGCCGCUUACACCUUGUGAAUUUUGGCUUCUCAAUUUUGGGGAAAUUUAUCAAAUUUGGAUUGGAGCCCAAUACUGUGACAUUUACUACCUUAAUCAAUGGGCUCUGUAUAGAUGGUAAAAUCAAUGGAGCUGUAGAAUUUUUCAAUGAUAUGGUUACUGGAGGAUAUCAACCUAAUGUUCGUACCUACAAUGUGAUAGUAAAUGCUCUAUGUAAAUGUGGGAAAACAAAUGUGGCUAUUGAGUUGCUAAAGGGAAUGGGUGAGAGAGGUUGUGAGCCAAAUGUUGUGACAUAUAAUGCAAUUAUUGAUGCUUUUUGCAAGGAUAAGCUAGUUAUUGAGGCUUUAGACCUCUUCUCUCGGAUGAGGAAUAAAGGUAUUUCACCUGAUGCUGUCACUUACACCUGCUUAAUUCAAGGUCUUUGCAAUAUUGGCAAAUGGAAUCAAGCGUCAGCCUUGUUGAAAGAAUUGGUGGGGCAAAACAUAUCACCAGACAUUCUUCUCUUCAAUAUAUUGAUUGACACUCUUUGUAAGGAAGGACUGGUGUCAAAAGCUCAAGAAAUAAUGAAAAUAAUGAUCCAAAAGCGCGUGAAGCCUAAUUUUGUCACUUACAAUUCAUUGAUGGCUGGAUUUUGUAUGUGUAGCCAAAUAGAUGAAGCUAGAAAACUGUUUAAUCAGAUGUUAAGCAGUGGCAUAGCUGAUGUAAUUAGCUUCAACAUCUUGAUUAAUGGAUACUGCAAGAGCAAAAGGAUAGAUGAAGCAGUAAAACUUUUUGAUGAAAUGCGUAAAACUACUUUAAUUCCCAACACUAUUACUUAUAAUACUCUUAUAAAGGGUUUGUGGGAGGCUGGGCAAUCUGGAACUGCACUAGAGGUUUUCAAGAACAUGUGUUCUUAUGGUCAGCAGCCAAAUAGAAUUACUUAUUCAAUCAUUCUUGAUGGCUUGUGCAAACAAGGGUAUCUUGAUGAGGCGCUUACACUAUUUAAAGCGAUGGAAAAGAGUCGGUUGAAGCCUAAUUGUGUGAGCUAUAACAUUUUGAUCGGUGGUAUGUGCAGAGCUGGGAGGCUUAAUGAUGCCAAGGAACUAUUUUCUAGGCUUUUUGAAAAAGGUUUACAGCCUAAUGUUUAUACAUAUAGUAUAAUAAUAAACGGCCUUUGUAAAGAAGGAUUACUAGAUGAGGCAUACAAAGUUUUUAGAGGAAUGGAAGAGAGAGGAUGUUUACCGGAUAAUUGUUGUUAUAAUCUGAUUAUUCAAGGGUUUCUCAGGCAUAAGGAUGUACCAAGGGCAACACAGCUUAUUGAUGAAAUGGUUGAUAAAGGAUUCUCUGCAGAUGCCACCACCUUCGAAUUGGUAAUACAUUUAUCGUGCAAUGAUGAUCUCAUUCUGAGAAAAUUACGAAAUCGUUCCGAAGGUUCUAAAGGUGUAAAUUUGAAGUGAUAACAAUCAAGACAUAGUCAACGGAUGAAUGAGGUCUUUAUUAUGUUGUGAAUUAUUGGUACUUCAUUUCAAUCUAUUUCAUGUGAGUACAAUUACAAUUCUCUAGUUAGUUACUUUCCCUUUUUACAAGAAAUUGUAUAUUAGCACUAGCAUUAUGUUUUUAGGUUGUAUAUGCACAUUAAUAUUAAUGAAUAUGUUUUAUUGUUAAAUCGUUACGAAAGAGUAAAGUAACACGAAUACGUUGAGUAUAGUAAACAGAAUGACUAAGAAAUUACCCUUAUUAGAGGUUCAGCAAUUCAUUAGCACGAAGGUUUUUUGCUAGCUUUGUGGAAAAUUUCAGUUGAAUUUGUGAUGGCUGUCUUCAAUUUGGUCUCAGGAUUUAACAUCUUUGAAAUGUUUCUACAAGCUCAAGCAGGAUGUUGAGGCCUUCAGAAGUGUUCUUCCUAUUAAAAAAUCAUGAAAUUUUUUUUUUUUUUCAGUGGAACCACUUCUAAAGCCACCUCGUAAGCAUUUCAUGUACAUUUUGGACAAUUUAUUGAUAUUUGCAUCACUGUUCAAAUCUACUAGCCUUUUUUCUGCAGUUCACAAACAUUGAGUUCUUCAAUGGGUGUUCUCUGUUUCUUUUUAACAGAAGGAUCCUUGUUUUCUUUCAUAAAGAUGGCAACAGUUAUCAGAGGAACCACCUCUAAAGUCACCUAGGACGGCCAUAGUUGGCAUAAGAAAAAGGACUGAAGAACUAUUGGUUAGUCAUGGGAAUGAGUUAAGAUUUGUUAUUGUGCCUAUGCAGAUACCUUUUCCUUUCCCUUGCGAGAACCUGCUUCGUAUUAUAUUAUAUGGCACUUUCCUUAUCAGUGUAUUUUGUAAAUAGUGUCAAUGUUGGCAAUUCAUUUAUCAACCCACUAUGAUUUUCUAAUUUUUGUUAUAUUCCUAAAAGCAAAAUACUGGCACACUCACUAGAUAAAUCCUAAAAUAUAAUUAUAUUUGGAAUCCCAAGCAAGUUGUUCUUUGCUUAAUUCUUUGUGCAUUUGCAGAUUUCUCACCCUUCUUCUAUACAGGAAAUCAGUGCAUGUGGUGGUUUUUUUCUUGCAAGCAUUUUAUGAUUCCAUAAUCGCAAUUUAUAAUGUGCCUAUUCCCUAAUUGCAACUUUCUGCAUUAUUUUCAGCUUGAUGAUGCAACUGCAAAAGGUAGAAAGUAGUUUGACAGAAAAAAAGAAAGAAAACUAAAACUUCAAAAGAAUUUUAUGUGUCAAUGGUUAGAUUUAAACUAUACUGUGCAAUCUCUUGAAUAUUCAAUCUAAUUCUAUUCAUAAAAAAUAUAUUUCAGUUUAUUUUCUUAUCCCAUGCAAAUUUUCUAAUUUCUAUCUAUUGCCUCAUUGAAACUCAUAUGUUUCACCAUUUUCAGUUGUGGCUAGUGUUGUGUUGUUUGAAUUUGAAAUUAAUUUCAAUAGCCACAUUUAUCUGGCCGGUUAUCACCUGUGUCCUAUUCUGUUCUGUGGCCUCCUAGCACUUGUGCAGGAUCUAGCUGUUCUGCUCCAGGUACAAGUCCUUGUUCUACCAUUCAAGAUCAAGGAACUGUCUUUGAUUUUAUAUCUGAUGAUGAUAUAAAUUUUUGAAAAGUCUGGGCCAAUCGGGGUGGAAGAGGGCUUAAGGGGCUAUGGUCAGCAAGAGAAGCGUAGUUUUCUUGGCCUCUGAGUUUGAGAGCUGAAUAUCUUCUGGCAUCCAGAAAUAGGAAGCGCUGAUGAAAAAGCCGAAAGUUGUUAAUGAUGAUGGCUUUCUGUUCCUGGCAUGGAGGUUAUGGAAAGCGUGAAAUGACCUGAUAACAUCAUCGGUGAAGUAAUCCAUCAAAAGUAUGAAUUAAUUAGUACUCUGUAGCAGAGAAUUACUUCACCAAUCCAGAAUUAAUUCAGCAAUCUCCAGUGUUAAGAGAAUUCUAGUGUGGGUUUCAUUAGAAUAAACUUUGAAUUUCGCACUGUUAAUAUGCUUGUGAGUCUUUCAUCAAAUAUCUCCUCGUAUUUCAAAAUUUAUAUUUUUGUAACUUAUUUUAAAAUUUUCUCAUAUUGUGAUCAAUAUUCUGGAGUUGAUGUAUAGUAUUGAUAGCAUAUGAAAAUUACACUUUUUUUGUAAAACUCUUAAGAUAUAUGCAGCUUCUGUAUCUACACAUCAAGUCACUUUUUGACC